AUGGCAGACGAUGGCAUGCUCCUCAACUUUGACCUCGGCGACGUAGCAGUCAGCAAGCAGGUCAAGUUCAAAGGUGGCAAAUGGCGCGACCGGAAUCGAGCCCAGAGAAGCGCCAAGAGACAGCAGGAAGAGGAGCACGGCGGCCUAGCAGCCGAGAGCAGCAGCAACAGCAAGGACAGGCCGCUGAAGCGACGGAGGGUAGACGGGAGCGGCACAGCUGAAGCUGGCGGCGAUGGCGCGUCUGUGGGCGAGCCAAAUCCAAAUGCAGCCCGGAACUGGAAGCCGCAUGGGGCCAAUAUUGGCAGACCGGCGACAGGACGACGAGAACCGCAAAACGGGGUGACCUCGAGGCUCUUUACAUCGAACCCGACGGCGGUGACAGAUUUUGGCAGCGCGCAGGCGGCGGCGGCCAGUGAGGCCGAUGGCGAGCCGGUGAAGCCGUCCAACGCACCACUCUCCGACGACGCAUCCACCUUUCUGGCGCUUGGCCUGUCGAGACGGAUUGCCCAGCACCUGUCGACGAAGUUGGGUCUCAAGGCGCCGACGGCGAUCCAGCACAGCGCGGUGCCGCAGCUGGUCACGCAGGACAACGACGCCUUUCUCCAGGCGGAGACGGGCUCCGGCAAGACGCUGGCCUAUCUGCUGCCACUGAUGCAGCGGAUCCUGGCGCUGAGCGAGAACGAGGACGGGUCGAAGCGGAAGGACGGGCGGGCGCCGCUCAAGAUCCACCGCGACUCGGGCCUGUUUGCCAUCAUCCUGGCGCCGACGCGGGAGCUUUGCAAGCAGAUCUCGGUCGUGCUGGAGAAGCUGCUGCGCUGCGCGCCGUGGAUUGUCAGCACGACCGUGAUUGGCGGCGAGAGCAAGAAGUCGGAAAAAGCGCGGAUCCGCAAGGGCGUCAACAUUCUGAUCGCCACGCCCGGCCGGCUGACCGACCACCUGGACAACACGGAGGUGCUCGACGUCGGCACCGUGCGCUGGCUGGUGCUCGACGAGGGCGACCGGCUGAUGGAGAUGGGCUUCGAGGAGGACAUCCGCACCAUCGUUGGCAAGAUUCGCAAGCACGGCCUCAAGGACACCAGCAAGGACGGCUUGGUCCUGCCCAAGGGCGUGCUGCCGUCGCGCCGCGUCACCGUGCUCUGCUCGGCCACGAUGAAGAUGAACGUGCAGAAGCUGGGUGAGAUCAGCCUGGAGGACGCCAUCCACGUCCAGGCCGGCACGGCAGCGGACGAUGCGGCUGCUGCGGCCAGCAGCGGUGGAGCGAUCGUUGCCGCUACCGAGUCGGCCUUCUCGGCCCCGGCACAGCUCAAGCAGAUGUACAUUGUCGUGCCGGCCAAGCUGCGGCUGGUCACCCUGAUCGGGCUCCUGCGGUCCACGUUUGCGCGGAAGGGGUCGGUCAUGAAGGCCAUCAUCUUCAUAUCCAAGGCCCCGGCCAUGGUCGCGCCAAAAGCGUCUCCCCACACGGUCAACACGGUCGGACCGGCAGCCUAUAUCACGUCGCCGGCCAACCGCACGGUCGUGCUGCACAAGCUGCACGGAUCGCUGGCACAGCCGGUGCGAACGGCCACGCUGGCGGCUUUCAGCCAGGAGAAGAACCCAGCGGUGCUGGUGACGACGGACAUUGCAUCACGCGGUCUGGACGUGCCGGCCGUCGACCUCGUGAUCGAGUACGACCCAGCCUUUGCGGUGGAUGAUCAUCUGCACCGGAUCGGUCGGACGGCGCGUGCUGGCCGGCCGGGCAAGGCAGUGCUGUUCCUGCAGCCGGGCGGCGAAGAGGGUUACGUGUCGCUGCUCCAGUCGUCGUCGGCCUCGACGCUGGUUCCCCAGCUCUACGACACCGUGCUGCAGGCUGGCUUCGCCACGACCGUCGACGUGCCCAAGGCGCUGCUGGCUGCCGGCGGCGACGAGCGCACCAGCGAUGGCACCUACUUCCACGACCCGUCCAAGUCGCAGUCCUGGAGCAAGCGGGCCGAGUCGUUGCAGCUGCACAUCGAACAGCGGCUGCUGCAGACGACCGGCGACGAGCAGGAUGGCUUGUCACCUUCGUCCUCGUCCUCGCCCUGGAAGCACAGCAAGAUGGGAGGCAAGGGCAAGAGCAAGUUCAAGGAGAUGUCCAAGGACAGCAAGAUCCUCGAGGAGGCCCGACAGGCUUUCCGCUCGCACAUCCGGGCGUAUGCUACGCAUGUCCGCGAUGAACGCGUCUACUUUGACAUCACGCAGCUGCACCUGGGACACACGGCCAAGAGCUUCGGGCUCCGGGAGGCACCCGGCGGCAUCGGUGGCGGCGUCCAGCGGCGCACCAAGCGGCCCAGCAGCGGCCCGGCCUAUGCCAAGAACAAGACGCUGUCCUCGAGGGGAACAGCCAGCCGUGGCGACGACGAUGACGACAAGGCCGGCGGUGCCGCUGACGAAGAGGCGGCCAAGCGCAUGCGGAUGAAGAUGCAAGCGGUAAUGACGGUGCCGAAUCGACCGGCACCUCAGUCGCGGUCCCGGCCCAACGAGUUGAUCGACGAGGCCGACGACGAGCAAGAGGCAGAGGCCAAGCCUGCCGGAGCAUACGCCUCGGCAGAAGCCAGCACAACGGAGUGGAAAGUCAUGGGACCACCAGCACGAUGGUUGUAG